UCAUGUAAAAGACACCUAUAAAUUAUACAUGUGCAGGUAAUAAAGUCUAUUGAAUAUAGAUUUAUUAUAAAAGUAAACCUAAUUUGAUAAUCCCAAAAUUGGGAUUUAGAUUGAUAAAGAAAACUCUUAUGCUGUAUUAUAAAAGAAAAAGCAACUUUAAAAUAGGGAAACAGGCAAUUAAUUUUAAUAAAAGCCAGAUUUGAGAUCAAAUAGUGGUUUAUAGAAAUCAUCCUCACUCUAAUAAUUUUAUAGAGCUUCAUCCACAAAUGAUAAAAAUUCUCAUAAAAACUAUAAAAAUACAUAUGCAAAUUUAAAAGACAUGAAAAAUUAAUCAUAUAAUUAAUAGCUUUAAUAAAGUAGUUAUUAAUAGCGCCACAUUUCCUCAAAAUAAGUUAAAGAAAACAAUACUAAAUAAACAGAAUAAAUUAAUAAUAAUUAAUUGAAAGUAAACUCACUUGAAAAUUAUGAAGAGAAGAAACUUAACUUAAAAUUAAUAAAAAAUUGUUUAGAAAAAUAAAAAAAUCUGAAAUCAAAAGAUUGUUCAGAAUUUAACUAUCAAUAAAUUUUAGAAAAUAAAACAGAUAAAUAAAAAUAAUAAGGUUUAUUAGCUAAAUACUUUAAUAUUUAAGGAAAUGAAUUUAAUUAUGAUAAUAAAUAAACAAAAGAUGUAAAACAAAUUUAUAAUAUUUAUACUUAAAUCAAAGAUAUGAAAAAUUAUUAUACAAAUUCAUUAAAAUAGACUCAAGAAAAGAAAAGAGUAUAACUUUAAGAUUUUGUCACUUAAUUAACUGGAAAUAGUAUCAAGGUUACAUAAAAAUUAUAAAUGAAUAGUACUCUAAUCAAAUCUGAUAGAUAAUAAUAGAAUGAUAUCAAAUCAACUCAUUUAAAUAAAAUAAGUGUGACUUAACCUAGUGAACCUGUAAUAAUAAUCAUAUUUAUUAUAAUUAGUUUCUAUAUUAUAUAUCAUCUAUUAUAUAAUCAUUAAGAAUAAAGGAUUCAAAUAAAUAUGAUGAGAAAAUAAGGGAUCACUUUUAAUAAACCUAUUAAGUAAAAUAGAAAUUUAUAAAAGGGAUUAUUAUUUGCAAAUUAACUUAAUUUGAUUUUUGAUGAAGAUAAAAUAGUUAAUCUUCCAAGAUCUAAUAAUUUAAAAACUAUUGUAUUUGAUUUAGAUGAAACAUUGAUUCAUUGUAAUGAAAGUGCUUAGAUUCCUGGAGAUGUCAUACUUCCUAUUACAUUUCCAAAUGGCGAAACUGUUCAAGCUUCUAUAAAUAUUAGGCCUUAUGCUUAGAAAGUACUUUAGACACUCUCUAAACAUUUUGAAAUCAUUAUUUUUACAGCUUCACAUUCAAGUUAUGCCAAUAUUGUGAUUGAUUAUUUAGAUCCUAAAAGAUAAUGGAUAUCUCAUAGACUUUUCAGAGAAAAUUGUAUAUAGAGUUCUGAAGGGGGAGCAUAUGUGAAAGAUUUAAGGUAAAAGAAUAAGUAUUUUUAGAGUAUUAGGAAAUAGGAAAUUAUCAAAUGUACUUUUGAUAGAUAAUGCUUCUUAUUCUUUUAGUUAAUAGAUUGAGAAUGGUGUGCCAAUUAUUUCAUUUUAUGAUAAUUAUGAUGAUUAGGAGUUAUUAUAUUUACAAAAUUAUUUGUUAAGUUUUAGAUAUGAGAAAGAUGUAAGAGAUUUAAAUUAAAGAAUGUUAAAAUUAAAUUAAUUUAUAAAUUAUUAAAAUUUAUAGGAACUAUUAUAAAGUUUAUUUGGAAUGUACAUUUGA